UACACGAAGGUCUCGAUCGACAAGUAGAAGCCCUCGGGGAUGCGAUAGUCUCAAGCCGGCCUAAACAGUACCUGUCCCUGUCACAUACAAGUAAUGUCCGGUGUCGUCGCCGCUAUCUGACGAGCACUAACCAAGUGUGGCGGAAGUUUUCAAGCGUAGGCUAGUCCAUUGUCUUGGGACAAAUGAAGCCCAACUUGUCCGUCAAGUCAUAUUAAAUUAAAUACCUUGGUAACCAUACGCAUCCGUACUAUCUCCCCUAGUUUCCUUAACGAACCCUGAUUAACGUUGUGGCACUACCCCUGCCGGCCACCUUCGUUAAUGUGAUCCUGCAUCGACUUACAAAAUCCGACAGCUCGCCUAGCAUCGACGGAAAGACAAGAAAAGAAGAAAAAUUUAUCAAGUUUUGCGCGCGAUGUCGAAUAUAACAGAUAUCCAAGUAGCCUCCCUAGCGGCUGGCUUUUCUAUGGGAUUCGGCAUAUUAACAGUUUGGGAAGCCAUAAAGCAAACGCGCCGAAAUCGACAUCCUCUUCGAAGCACAUAUAUAUAUAUGCUCUGGGGGGAGAUUAUAGCAAAUGUAGUUAUCCUUAUCAUCGGCUAUCUUUGGAUCGAUGGACAUUUCGGAGACAGGCCGAGCGUACCACUCCUUUUUUUUAUACUGUUCUUCUGGGUGUUCGAAAUUCAGUUCCUUAUGCAAAUUAUCAUAAAUCGAAUCGCGGUUAUUGCGGAAUGUCAAGAUGAUAUACGAAAACUUAAAUAUGGAACUGCGAUUAUCAUCACAGCUAUUAAUAUCGCAGUUUUUUGUAUUUUUAUCCCGGCUCAUCUCGUCCCACCCGUAAGCCCAUUGUAUGUCGAAAUCAACAAGUAUUGGGAUAGAACAUCCAAGUGUCUCAUUUGUGUUGUUGACGCUCUUCUCAAUUAUUACUUCUCGCGAACGGUGAGGAAGCGCCUGGUCGAGCAGCAUGGAUUGGUCAAGUACGCUCCUCUGGCGAAAUUUAACGAUAAACUUAUGGUUGUCUCGAUUCUCAUGGAUAUCAUGCUCAUUUGCUUAAUGUCAUACCCUAACCCAAUUGUCUUUGUUCAAUUCCACCCUGUCACGUAUAUGGUGAAACUCAACAUUGAAAUGUCUAUGGCUACCUUGAUUACCAAAGUUGCCCGAGACGCCGGAUUAGGAGACGAGGAGACCAAUGACCACCACGACCCUUCUCUUUCAUACGCCAAUAACCGAAGCCAAGUCGGACGAUCCAAUAUCCAUCACAGUCACAAUGACGCCGUGGCGCUGGAGACAUACCACACAACAACCAUAGGAUACGGAGGCAGAGGAUCAGAAGAAGACUUCGAGGCCUUGAAAAACGUGAACGGAAUUCAUAAAAGAGUCGACGUGCGCGUCGAGAGCACAACGAAUUCGGAGACGGCCUCUAAUGAAAUAGAUAAGGCAAGAGGAAGAUCCUUCGACAGAGUGGAGGAUGAGCUCUCAUUGACCAAUAACCCUGGACAUCCAAGAGGCGGUUCCUUAUAGAUAGACUUGCUCGCGCAGUCAUUUUUGUAUUAGUCGGCUUGUAUGCUCUUUGGGUUUCAGCUUGCUUAUUCCACAUUCUUAGGUCACAGGGAGAAACGAUGGUAACUUGAUGUAGAGCUUAUUUGCUAAUGAUAAGUUUGGUAAAGGGGAUGAUACACAUGAAACGGAUAGCGUCCGGCUCUAGUUUUUGUUUUUCUUUCUUUCUUUCUUCUUCAUAUAUGUCUCAAGAGUAAUAGCGCAGAC